GUGUCAGUGAGUCCCCCUGGUCAGAUCAUGGAGGGCAGUUCAGUGACUCUGACCUGUAGCUCUGAUGCUAACCCAGCAGCUAAUUACAUCUGGUACAAGGAGAACAUAAACUCAUUACAUCUUCUGAGUGAAGGACCACAGCAUGUCCUCAGGUCCAUCCAGACCUCAGACUCUGGACAGUAUCAGUGCAGAGCACAGAACAUGUUGGGAACUUCAUUCCACUGGGUUACAAUUGAUGUUAAUUAUGCUCCAAGGACGCCAUCUGUGUCAGUGAGUCCCCCUGGUCAGAUCAUGGAGGGCAGUUCAGUGACUCUGACCUGUAGCUCUGAUGCUAACCCAGCAGCUAAUUACACCUGGUACAAGGAGAACAUAAACACAGUAAUAUCUACAGAACAGAACUUCACCAUCACUAACGUCACAACUGAACAUGGGGGAAAUUAUCAGUGUGAAGUUCAGAACAGAGUAGGACGACAGAUCACCACCAAACAUCUGGUUGUAAGAGCAGCAGUUCCACUUGGAACGUUGGAAUUAGUGGUUAUUGGAACAUCCAUUGCUAUUUUGUUGGUUGUAGUUGAUGUAUCUCUCAUCUUUCUGAUAAGAAAGAAAAGGUCCCCAAGACAAGUGGCUGAACCAGGAGAAAGACCGGGAUAUCGAUCAGGUAGAGACGGGACAUGGGAGAGUGAAUACACUGUUGUUGAGUACAGUGGUGUUAAAGUCAACCAUUCUGAACCCAGGCCCAGCAAUGAAGUAACUGAUGAAGACACUGCAGCACUGUACAGCACCGUCAAAAACCAUUGCUCUUAAAAGCCAAACCUGAAUAAGCCCAUCCAGUAGUAUUGUAGCCAUUCAUCUUUCCCAUGACACAGUCAUGUCCAAAGCCUGGUUUGGCGGCUACUUACGGCCGUGUUUAAAUUCCCGCUGGCCCACAUCCUGUGUUUGUGUUAUGAUAAAAGUCCUACAGACCUUUACUCACAGCCCAGUCUGGACCAAUCAGGUGAUGUGGGGGAGUUAGCCCCUCCCCCCUGUAAACUAUCCCUGAGUUUUUAAUUCAAAUGAUUUCAUUUCGUUUGACUCAACAUAAUUACAUUGACUCAUGUAUGUAUAUCUGUAUCACCAUUUCAUGUACAGUGCUUUAGUACUUGUAGUUAAAUUGUAUUUGUUUAAUGUAUGUUAAAA